UCUGUGGGUCGAGUUUUACGUUCUAUUGUAGGGCAAAUUGGGUCAUUGACACAGUUCACCCCUGCCUCACGCAUACACGACUGGCAUUCCCACCACUGUGUGACAAUCUACACUCUUCUAGAUACUGUUUCCUGUCCAUAGAUCGUCCCAAUGGCGUCUAUCUACAUUGACGAAGACGUCGGAAGAGACGACUCGACCGCCACUGGCUCCGAGUCCGCUCCCUACAAGACACUUCUCUAUGCUUUCCAGCAACAUGCGCCUUCCGAUGGUGCGCAGUACUUGACUCGCAAGUCCGAGACUGAGCCCACUGGCGAAGGGGCUGACCCAGCGGCGAAACUGGAGUGGAAGCCAGCUACUAAAUCGGCGAUGAAGAAGGCCACCAACCUGUACGAGCAAAAGAAAAGAAAGGCUGCAAAAGAGCAGGAACUUGCCAUUCGCGAGAAGGAGGAAGCAGAUAAACGUAAGCUUGUUCUUGAGGAAGCCAAGAAGGUUAUCAUCAAGGAAGAUACCUCUCUUGCCAAGCCUGUCAGGGUCCGUCUGGACGAAACUGACCCGGCCAUUGUGAAGCUGGGUUCGUCAGAAACUGAGACGCCUGGCACCCGAGUUCGUGUCCUGGGAAGGGUUCAUCGCCUGCGCACUCAGAAGGACAUGAUUUUCCUGACACUGGCCGAUGGCUAUGGUUACUUGCAGUGUAUUCUGACCGGUGAUUUGACUAAGACAUACGAUGCUAUGACUCUCACCCUUGAAACUUCCAUGGCACUCCAUGGAGAGAUGCGGGCUGUCCCUCCCAAGCAGCACGCGCCCAACAACCGUGAACUUUAUGUGGACUUUUACACUGUUAUUGGCCGUGCCGCUGGUGACAAGGAGGCCAUCACCACCCGUGUGGCUCCUGAUGCCGACCCACAAACCCUUUACAACAACCGUCACCUGGUCCUCCGUGGUGAAACCGCCUCCGCUAUCAUGAAGGUGCGCGCCGCUACUCUGCGCGCGUUCCGCAAGACCUUUGAGGAGACCCGCAUGCUGGAGGUCACCCCACCAGCCAUGGUGCAAACCCAGGUGGAAGGUGGCAGCACCCUUUUCAAGUUUGACUACUACGGCGAGGACGCCUAUCUCACCCAGUCGUCGCAGCUUUAUCUCGAGACCUGUCUUCCAUCGAUGGGAGAUGUCUUCUGUGUCUGCCCCUCCUUCCGUGCUGAGAAGUCCCUCACCCGUCGCCAUCUCUCCGAAUACACCCACAUUGAGGCGGAGCUGGACUUCAUCACUUUUACCGACCUUCUUGACCAUCUCGAAACCAUUAUCUGCCGUGUCCUCGAGUUGACUCUGGCUGACCCCGUCGCCAAGGCCAACCUUGACCAGCUUAACCCGGACUUCAAGAUGCCAAGCCGCCCCUUCCGCCGUAUGAAGUACUCCGAGGCUAUUGAAUGGCUCCGCGAGCACGAAAUCCCUAACGAGGAGGGCAAGCCCCACGAAUUUGGUGACGAUAUCGCUGAAGCCGCUGAGCGUAGGAUGACCGAUAUCAUCAACCAGCCCAUCUUCCUUACUCACUUCCCCGCGGAAAUCAAGGCCUUCUACAUGAAGAAAGACCCUGAGGAUCGUCGCGUCACCGAGAGUGUGGAUGUCCUGAUGCCUGGUGUUGGUGAAAUUGUCGGUGGAAGUAUGAGGAUGGAUGACUGGGACGAGCUGAUGGCGGCCUACGCCCACGAGGGCAUGGACCCCUCGCCAUACUACUGGUACACUGACCAGCGCAAAUACGGAACCUCCCCCCAUGGAGGCUACGGUCUUGGUCUGGAGCGUUUCCUCGCUUGGCUGUGCGCGCGAUACACCGUCCGUGAUUGCUGCUUGUACCCUCGCUUUACUGGACGUUGCACGCCUUAAACAGUUAUUAGGAUAUGAAUCUUUCGGUUUCUUAGACAUAUAUUCUUUUUUUUUUUUUUUUCAUGCGAUCGUAUUGGGAAUAAUCUAGACAGUAAUGAAACAUACACUUCAUUCUCGUGACGAGCAUUAAAAAAUUUCCAAUAAUG